AUGCUGGCUCGCAGGGAUUCUCGCCGUGUCUUCACCGUCGCUACCAUAGUGACGUUACUGUGCUUGAUCUACUUGACGCUUUCGCCCUCAUGGUCGUUUGCUGCAACAAGGAAGCCUUCCGUCUUUGAACCAGUCUCUCGCUAUGAAGCACCGUUUGCAACCGACUUGGACGCUCCAGCUGUUCGCAAGUCGAAGAGGAACAUGCGCAUCGCCCUCAUCAACACGCCUAAAUACCACUUCGAGGUCGUCAUCCCUCUUCUUGACGCUUUCUCGCAUACGUCGCACACCCAGCUUGAGCUGUUUGUCAACCAUACGUCCGCGGAGCGAAUGAACGCGUUACCGUUCCUUCAACAAGCUGCUUCCGGGGAGCUCAUCAUGCGCCGGUGGGAAGAGUUGAGGUCAUCGGAGCUCAUGUACAGGCCCGACAUCGCCGUGCUGACAUCUUGCUCUCGCGACCUCGAAGAUUUGGGCGACAUGUUCACAAACCCUGACUCUCCGAGUUCUCCUCACGAGAUUGUCUGCGUCAUUCACGAAGCGCCGGAGUGGGAGGAUCCAGAGUCGCCCUGGAGAAAGAUUCUCCAGCCUUGGGUAGAACGUUCACGCGUCAACUUUGUCGUGCUGUCGGAGCAUGUCCAUCGAUUCGUUGCCGAACACUUUUACGAACCCUGGAACGUCACUUCUUCGCCCAUCAAGUUGAAUGACUACUUCCCGUCUCCCGCACUUGCCGAACGACAUCCGGGCAGCGUUCGUCUCCUCCCAGCCUUCCCUCCCGUCUUCGACCCUACUCCUCUCUUUCCCAAGAAGAGCGCCGUCGAGCUUCCACCGGAACCAUUCGCGCUCAUCCCCGGUAAAUUCGAGCCCUGGCGUCGAAACUACAACACGAUUUUCGAACACACCCGCAAACACCUUUCCCUCAUCCGCGAAUACGGCGCCUCGAUUCAGCUUCUCGGCUCAGGACCCCCACCAGACAUCCCAGAAGAUCUACAAGAUGUUAUCCAUAUCGUGCCGGAGUUGGAUUUCGAUCAAUACUGGGCCUUUGCCUCGAGGGCUACCGCUCUUUUUCCGGCGUUCGCUCAUAACCAAUACCUGAUCGACCGUGCCAGUUCGAGUAUCGCUACAAGCGUCAUCGUGGGCAUUCCCGUAGUCGGUACACAUGAGCUCGUUUUUGACAAAUACACAUAUCUCGAGUCAGGGCCCAGUGCGAGGACGAGUUGGAUCCAGGGAGAUGGGGAGGAGGAGAUGGAAGUGUUUGCGAGGAUUAAAGAGACUUAG